GUAGGCAUUGAGAGCUGUCUUAAGUUCCAUUGCUGAAAGCCAAUAACAGUAGGAACCCAUUGUUGGAUUUGACUGGCCGGAUGGGACUCCUGCUUCUGUUGCUUCUCCUCACAGAGAGAGGGCUGUCCAUGCCAAGUCUUCAAAGCAGGCUCAGUCCGUCUGUCCCAGAGGAAUUCUCUGCACCCCUGGAGCUCCAGCAGCAGCACUUUGGCCUGGUGGAUGAUUAUGGCAUUAAACCAAAGAUGCCCAACUUCCAGAGACGGAUACAGCGGAAGCAAUCGGAAAAGCUGCAAAAAGCACACAAAAGCAAGCGGGAUGAGCCAAAUUUUGAGGAGUAUUAUUACGACGACCUCCUUUGAGUCUCUUAGGGAAAUGCAAAUAGAGAUGCCACCUCUGAAGUGUACUUGCACCAACUAAUUGAUCUGUCACAGGCAGCAAAAGCCCCUCAAACCCAAAUCACCUAGUAACGUAAGAAGCGAGCUCUUCCCCUUCCUUUGCUCUUUCACACUUGCAUGCCUCUUCCCCUUCCCCACAGUUCUGUGUGCUGUACGCAUCCAUCCUACAGGCAUGACACUUGGCACUCAGCAGGGCAGUUGCAAGGUCUUGCUUGGCUCACAUCUCAUGUUUUAACUCUUAUGGGUGUUGAGCAAAGCUUGAAAACAUUUGAUGAGGGCCAGAGAUGGGUGGGGGGUUUUUUGCUGCAGAGGCU